CCCCCUUCCCCUCCCUCUUUCUCUCCUUCCACUCCUCCGUUGGAAAUUCAUCCUUCAGGCUCGGCAGCGGACAUUUGUGUGGAGGAUCCGUGGAGUCAGCACGUAGGGGCGAGGUCCCAGCAUUAACCUCGUCGGGUUAAUGGGAGCAGUGGUGAUUGUGGUUGCGUAGCUCGUUUACAGCGGCGAAUCAAGGUCCCGCUAUUAUUUUUGCCGCUUCUGAAAACCGUCAUGUGAUUAUUUCCCCCCUUCAUCCAACGUUAGUCUUCCAAAUCUUUUUUCUUUUUCUUACUUUUAAAAAAAAUAUUCUUAUUUUCUUCGGAUGAAUUUAAGUCUCCCUAGCGUCGCGCUGCUAAAUCGGAUUUGUAACCAAACACUGUUGUUGUUGGUAUUAAAAGAAAAAUAAGUCGGGGUACUAUUCCGUGGUGGUUUCCCAUGUGAUUCAACGGCUUCGACUGCAACUACUAACUUUGGACUGCCGACGACUGUCAGUCGCCAACGAGGGAAUGGGAGAGGAGGUUCGGGAGAGCAAGGCGAUUUGACACCGACCAGCCAGCCUAUAUUUGUCCGCCUGACUGACUGUGAAAGGAAGGAGGGAUCGCACUGGACGAAAACCAAACCUCGCCAGCCGCCGCCAGUGUGCCUCUCUACUCGCCGUUCCCCUCUUGGGAGAAGAGGAGGUUUCUUUUUUUUUUGGCCAUCAUAACGGAAGCUAAACACAGAGGAGCGAUUACGAUCUCAAAGGCUCCUUGCACAAUUGGACUCCUAAACCUUUAAGGAGUGAGCACAAAAGACCCAAGGGGAAGAGGAAGAAUAAAGCUGUGGCUGAAGAAAGGAAAGAAGCAAAGAAAAAAGAAGACAAAAGCGGGGGAGGUGGAAAGGGAGGCGGUGGGAUUCUUGCAGACGGCUUUGGACAGAGCGGAAGGCAAUAGAAAAGGCAGAGAAAGAGAGGAACCCAUCAAGGAGGGAUUUGCCCCAUCUGAUGGGGGUGCAUGCUCCCCCUAACAUACACAUACACACACACAGUCACACACAUACGCUCCACCCCUCAAUUCCCCUCAGUUCUGACAUCCUUUAUUUCUGCGCAAGUGACAGUCCCACAAAGGGGAAAAGAAUGCAAAAUAAACUGAGCUCUGGAGUUCUUGGAGUGAGAUGGGGGCACAAUUUGAGACUACCCAGGACUAGAGCCUUGGUUCUGGGCUUGCUGCUGGCUCUGGCUGUUGUGGGCUGGCUACCCCUGCCAGCUCAUGCUGAGAUGGAGAUGGAGGUGUUGGGCGAGCUGAUUAUGAUGGAGGGAGGUGGAGAAAGAGAGAGAGGAAGAACAGGAGGAGAACUGGAGGCUUCCAUGCAUUCCUCGCUCCUCCAGAACUUCCAGGAGGUGACUGCAGGUAUACGGGCAAUGGAGGAGGAUGUAGCUGUGGCAGUCGAAGGGACAGUAGAGACUCAGCAGACUGCCGCUGCGACCACAGCCUUCCCAGAUUCCUCAGCGGUGGUGGGCCGGGCCUUCCAGAUGAAAGUGCCAAACAAGAUGGAGGAUAGUUACCUAGGCAACAUCAUCAAGAUCACAGAGACAGGCAAGGAUUCCCUCCCAGGUUGGCUGCACUGGGAUGCUGACAGCAGAAUCCUACAGGGUCUGCCCUUGGAAGAGGAUAAGGGGGUCCACUACAUCUCAGUCUCCAUCUCUAACAGCACCAAGGCCUUCUUCACCUCCUCUUCCUCUCCGUCCAUUUCCUCAGAGGUCUUCUCCAUAGAGGUGCACCCAGAAGAUCACUCAGACACUGAUGUGACACAGCUGAUGCUCAACCAAGCCUCCACAGACAAUGGGGCUCAGCCAUUUAUGUGCAGCAAUGAGGAACCAGUCACAGUCCUGACGGUGAUCCUGGAUGCAGAUUUGACCAAGAUGAGCUCAGAGCAGAGAGUGAGGCUACUGGAUAAUAUGAGAAGCUUCUCUGAGGUGGGGCUGCAGUACAUGAAAAUCCUCCCAGUAGUCAAUAAUAGACUGUUUGACAUGUCAGCAUUCAUGGCUGGACCAGGGAAUGCCAAAAAGGUGGUAGAGAAUGGAGCUCUGCUGUCCUGGAAACUGGGCUGUGCUCUAGACCAGACCACAGUCCCGAACAUCAACAGUGUUCAGAUACCUGCGAAAGAGGGCACCAUGUCGGCUAAACUGGGGUACCCUGUAGUGGGCUGGCACAUUGCUAACAAAAAACCCCAUAUUCCCAAGCGGGUGAGGCGUGCAUUGAACAACACACCAACACCUGUUCUCACUGUACUUCCCCCAACAACUCUUGCAGAGCCUUCAGUGAGGAUUGUUCCGACCCUCUCCUCUCCAUCUAUUGCUGGACCCACAGACAGCUCUGCUCCCCCAGUGAGAGGCCCUGUUCCCUUGCCGGGUAAACCUACAAUCAAGGUCCGUGACCCCACUGUCCAUACACCAACCUUGGGACCACCUCAGCCAACCAGAGUGAUGGAAACCACCAGCACUAUCCUAAUCCAGCCAACCAUGACCAGGCCUACAUAUGUUGAAGCCACUGCCACUCCACCCACACCUACCAGAAGACCCACCAGGAAACCUAAGAAGCCGAAAACCACGCCAGUUCCUAGGGAGCCAAAAGCCACAACAGCCAAGCCACCUAGGCGCACCACACCAUCGUCCGGACUAUUCCCAGACGUGUACAAUGAGAAGCCUGUACUACGCAAUCCCAUUGACCAGGUCAAUGCAUUGGUGGGCACUUACUUUGAAGUCAAGAUUCCUUCCGAUACAUUUUUUGACAAGGAAGAUGGGACCACAGACAAGCUGCGCCUUACACUGAGAAAAAAUCACAAUGAGAUUGUGGGAGAUAACUCCUGGAUCCAGUUCAACACCACCAGCCAACUCCUCUAUGGCCUGCCGGACACCCCACAUGUUGGCAAGCAUGAAUUUUUCAUGCAGGCCAGUGACAAAGGUGGCCUGAAUGCCAUUGAUGCCUUUGAGGUCCGGGUGAACCGCUGGCCUAUCAAUGACAAGACUCCAGUGACCUUCACAGCCCAUUUUGAGGGUGAGCCUCAAUCAGUGACAAAUGAUAUCCAUAAGAAGAUCCUUUUGGUACAGAAGCUGGCAAUUGCACUAGGUGAUCGCAACAGCAGCACAGUGAGCCUGAGAAACAUCACCAGAGGGUCCAUCCGGGUGGAGUGGACCAACACCAGCCUGCAACAGCACCCUUGUCCAAAGGAGCAGAUCACAGCAUUGAGCAACAGGCUAGCUAGUCCUAAUGGGACGCUUGAAAUGCACUUCAAAAACACCAUGGACCCAGAGUUCAAACCAACGGAUGUCAUGGUUAGGGGACGGGCAAGUUGCAGAAUGUAUUCCUUCAUCCCACACGGGGAGAUUAUUUUCCCAGAACCUCCAGCAGUCACUCCAGCCCUGGGAACAGGUCGACAGAGUGCAGAUGAUGUGUAUCUCCACACAGUCAUCCCUGCUGUUGUGGUGGCAGCCAUUUUACUGAUUGCUGGCAUCAUUGCAAUGAUAUGCUAUAGGAAGAAGCGAAAGGGCAAGCUAACCAUUGAGGAUCAAGCCACCUUUAUCAAGAAAGGUGUGCCAAUUAUUUUUGCAGAUGAGCUGGAUGACUCCAAGCCCCCGCCCUCUUCCAGCAUGCCUUUGAUUCUUCAGGAAGAGAAACCUCCUCUUCCCCCUCCAGAGUACCCUAACAUGGUCACACCAGAGACAACUCCCCUCAACCAGGAGCUGCUUGGGGAGUAUACCGCUUUGCGGGAUGAGGAUCCCAAUGCACCUCCCUACCAGCCGCCUCCCCCCUUCACUACUCCAAUGGAGGGCAAGGGCUCCCGUCCCAAGAACAUGACCCCCUACAGAUCACCUCCUCCCUAUGUGCCACCCUAAGACUUUCUGAGCCCUCCCCUUGUAGGGUGGAGGAAGAUGCCUGAGAAACUGACGGUUUCCUUGAUGAUAUUUGUCUCUUUGGAUAUAUACGGGGGGAGGGGGGUAUAAAAAGAGGUGCUAUUAGGACUGUAAAACUAAUGGGAACUUAGUCUGGGAGGGGGAGUAAUGGGAGGGGAAGUGAACUACAAGAGAAAGAUUGGCUGAUUGGCUGAAAAAAGCUGGGUGGGACUACUGUUUAAGUGGUAGCCCAGCUAAUGUGGUGGCCUGCAAAGGACAAAAUAGUUCUUGUCAUGUUGGCUAAGCAGCGAACCAGUUAGUCGGCAGUUGGAAGAGGUUCUCAUCCACCACAGCGCUUUCAAGUUAUUUCUUGAGUUCUUUUAAAAGCUGUUCUUUUUCCUGUUUUUGUGUCUUUACCUCCCCACACUUUUUCCCCCUGUAGACUGACUUCAAUUCAAAAUCCUUUUCUCAACAGCACUCCUUCUUCUGUUACUUUUUGAUGAAUACAAAAAAACAAUAAACUGUCACCAGACUACCGCAGGCGACAACUCUGAUUUUUAAUAAGAAGCGAGAGAUUUUCUGAAUAAAUAGAGGGGAAAAAAACUGUUAUCACGAUGAUCUCAAAUUACCCCUGCAGACAUCACAAGAGAAUGGGAGGCCAGGGUGUGUGUGUGCGUUUGUGUGCACAUGUGUCCGCGUAAGCGUGUGUAUGUGUAUUCAAACUCAAUACUGUUUGCCUUCUAACACUAGCUGUCUGUUUCUAUCCUUAUUCACAAUGUCUAGUAAAGAUGAGUAUAACAAGGUAGCCUAAAAAAGAAUUAGAGGUGAAUAAUAAAUGAUUUGCUUGUUUGUUUUAAUAAUCACUGUAUACAGUAACUGGAGGAUAUUCUGAUAGUGUUUUAAAUAUAUUUUUUUAUUUUUUUGGUGGUGGAGGAAACAAGAGGGAUGGAAAAGAGUGCCUGACUAAAAUAACUUACUAGAGCCCUUUUUUCCCCCCUUUGCGUUAAAAAGAUGAUAGGUCACAUCAGAGCUGCCAAUGGAUGUUACAUUAUUUCAAAAUCCUUCCCUCCAAGUUGCCCUCAUCCCCUCUGCAAAUCAUAUAUUUUGCCUCUAAAUUUGACUAGCCAUUGUCAUUUCACAUGUUUAAAAAAGAGUGAUUAGAACUUUUUUGAAGGGAACUCAUAAUUUUUUUUUCUUCUACCUUUGAUAGAUAUAGGGCCAAAACAGAAAAAAAGAUAGUGAUCAUAUAGCCAGACUGUGACAUUGUCACAUGGCUUGUGAUGCAUACAAUGAAAAUUACCUACAAGACUUUAAAACAGCCCUAUUUUUAGUUGAAGUCGACAAUAGUAUAGAGACACUGGAUUGCUAUUUAUCUUUUGGCUCUUUUCUAACAGUUUGAGUUUCUUUUUUUUUUAUAAAAUGCAUGUUGGGUUCAAACUGUAUUUAUAUUAUGUUCAAGAUAUUAUCAUGGAGGUGAAGAAGAACCCUACAGUUUAUUUCAGACCAGGGAUAUUUUUAUUUGUUUUUAAUGUAAUGAGGUGUUCAUUCUCUGCUUUGGGGAGAGACAUGGAGACCGUCUUCAAGAGGAUUUGACCAAUAUUCUUAUUUAAGAGGUCACAGCUUGUGGAGAGAGAGAGAGGGGGAUAGAGAGUGAGAGAGACAAUAACUAGCUUGGAUGGAGGCAAUGAAAAGGAGAGAAAGACGGAAAGCAAAUGGAGAUCAAAGGUCAUUUGAGGGAGACACUGAACAAUGGUUGAAGAAAAUCUAAUUUUUUAAUAGAAUUUUUUGAUACAGCCUCAAAUUGUUUGAUUAUGAAAAUAAAACAUGAUUAGUCUUCUGCAGUUUGUAAAAUCUUAGCUUAGAGAGAAUUGAUUCAAUUAUAUACAUUUUUUUUCCUCAUGGGUCAACUAUUUUUUAUUUUAUUUUAUUUUUUGCUGUGUUUGCAUAUAGAAAUGUAUCUCUCACUAUACAACGUUGGAAUGACCCAUAUUUUCUGUAAUCACAAAAGUUUAUUUUUAUGUCUUCAUGUUUGCUGAUGAGUUUCCACUGAAAGUGAUCCUUUGCAAUAAUAACGUAAGGCUCAAGGGAGCAAUAUGUAUAGUUAUUGGGGUUUUUUUUGGGGGGUUUUUGGGUUUUUUUUUGCAGACUGCCAAGGUUUUUUGUUUUGCUCAUCAAGUGUGCAUUGUCAUAAUAAAACCAACUGGUACAAUUUAAAAAAAAAUGACCCUUCCCCACUCUUCCUUGUAUUUGACUCGACCCAGCGCUCAGUUGGCAACUUGUCUCAUCCAUAAAAAUGUUAUCUUGUACUACGUCACAUUUGACAUCUUAUUGAUUGUUAUAGAUGAGUCUUUUUUUUAAUCACCAUCUUUUUCCCAAUACUUUAUUUUUGCCUUGUAUUGAUGAAAAAAUCGAUCUGAUGUCCACAGUUCUGUAGCCCUGCAGGCCUCUCAGCUCUUAGGACUUAAGGGAACGCUCACAAUUUUUUGUACUAACUUAUUCUAUCAAAUGACCAGUUGGACAACUCAGUUUGAAAGCUCUGCCCAUUAAAAAAAAAUCUUCUC